GCGUGAGUGUGCUUGUGGGGCGGGGAAGAAGAUCGAGGGGUGGAGUAUUUGGAAAGUGGCAGCGCGAGAAAAGCAACAGCGAAAGCAGGAGGCAAAACAGCUCAAAUCAAAGGAAGGCUAUCGCAUGGGACUGAUAGGAGAAAGAGGAAUGGUAUUGUGAAAAUAAACAAAUGGUGGCUUGUUCUGUCUGCUACUUGGGGUUUCUCCUUUUUCAGUUCCAUUAAUUCCCUCCCAUGUCUGCUUGAUCUUCUCGUUUGUGAAAGCACCGUAUAUAGUUUGACGGGAUGAUGGCGGUGAGCUCGGCCUGCAAAGAUAUGAGCAAGUUGGGAAUGGAUAACGGCAAGUACGUGCGGUACACGCCGGAGCAGGUGGAGGCUCUGGAGAGGCUGUAUCACGAGUGCCCCAAACCCAGUUCCAUCCGCCGUCAGCAGCUUAUCAGAGAGUGUCCCAUUCUCUCUAACAUCGAGCCCAAACAGAUCAAGGUUUGGUUCCAGAAUCGAAGGUGUAGAGAGAAGCAGCGAAAAGAAGCUUCACGCCUGCAAGCUGUAAACAGAAAACUGACGGCUAUGAAUAAACUGCUGAUGGAGGAAAACGACAGAUUGCAGAAACAGGUGUCACAGCUGGUUUACGAGAACAGCUUUUUCCGUCAACAGACUCAGAAUGCGACUCUUGCAACCACAGACACAAGUUGCGAGUCGGUGGUGACGAGCGGUCAGCACCAUUUGACACCUCAGCAUCCACCACGGGACGCCAGCCCAGCUGGACUUUUGUCUAUUGCAGAGGAGACUCUUGCGGAGUUUCUUUCGAAGGCCACGGGAACUGCCGUGGAGUGGGUCCAAAUGCCUGGGAUGAAGCCUGGUCCGGAUUCCAUUGGAAUCGUUGCUAUUUCUCAUGGUUGCCCUGGAGUGGCAGCCCGUGCAUGCGGCCUUGUGGGUCUGGAACCUACGAGGGUUGCUGAAAUCCUCAAAGAUCGGCCGUCUUGGUGUCGUGACUGCCGAGCUGUGGAUGUUCUAAAUGCCAUGCCCACUGGAAAUGGGGGAACCAUUGAACUGCUUUACAUGCAGUUGUAUGCCCCAACAACUUUGGCACCAGGUCGUGACUUCUGGCUGCUGCGUUACACUUCUGUUUUGGAGGAUAGUAGUCUUGUGGUCUGUGAAAGAUCGCUUAACAACACUCAGAACGGUCCCACUAUGCCAACAGCGCAGCAUUUUGUGAGAGCAGACAUGCUGCCAAGCGGAUAUCUGAUUAGACCUUGUGAAGGAGGUGGAUCCAUCAUCCAUAUUGUUCAUCACGUCAACUUAGAGCCUUGGAGUGUACCUGAAGUGUUACGCCCACUAUAUGAGUCAUCAACGUUGCUUGCUCAAAGGACAGCUAUGGCGGCUUUACGUCAUUUGAGACAAAUUUCUCAAGAAGUUUCUCAGCCAAAUGUCACCGGGUGGGGAAGAAGGCCUGCGGCUUUGCGAGCACUAAGUCAGCGUUUGAGCAGGGGCUUCAAUGAAGCUGUCAAUGGAUUUGCAGACGAUGGCUGGUCCAUGUUAGAAAGUGAUGGCAUUGAUGAUGUCACCCUUCUUGUGAAUUCAUCUCCUAGCAAGACAAUGGGGGUAAAUCUUGGUUAUAACAAUGGGUUUCUUUCGAUGAGCAGUUCCGUGCUAUGCGCAAAAGCAUCCAUGUUGUUACAGAAUGUCCCUCCAGCAAUUCUUCUUAGAUUCUUGCGGGAGCAUCGAUCAGAGUGGGCAGAUAGCAAUAUUGAUGCUUACUCAGCCGCUGCCAUCAAAGCUGGUCCCUGUACCUUGCCGGGGGUUCGAGCAGGAGGUUUUGGUGGUCAGGUUAUUCUUCCACUGGCGCACACAAUUGAGAAUGAAGAGUUUAUGGAGGUCAUUAAGCUUGAAAAUAUGGGAUACUAUAGGGAGGACAUGACUAUUCCUGGGGAUAUUUUCCUUUUGCAACUUUGUAGUGGAGUAGACGAGCGUGCCGUUGGCACCUGUGCGGAACUCAUUUUUGCUCCCAUCGAUGCAUCUUUCUCUGAUGAUGCACCCAUUUUACCUUCUGGUUUCCGCAUCAUACCUCUUGAUUCAGGCAUGGAUGCUGCUACUCCAAACCGAACACUUGAUCUUGCUUCUGCUCUUGAAGUUGGAACCACUGGAAACAAAUCAGCUGGUGAUAAUUUUGGUAAUUCUGGUAGCACAAAAUCUGUGAUGACAAUAGCAUUUCAGUUUGCAUUUGAAGUCCACCUUCAAGAUAGUGUAGCAACUAUGGCUCGGCAGUAUGUUCGGAGUAUUAUUUCAUCUGUUCAAAGGGUCGCACUGGCACUCUCCCCUUCCCACUUUGGUUCCCAAAAUGGUCUUCGCCCACCACCUGGCACUCCUGAGGCACAAACACUUGCUCAGUGGAUAUGCAGUAGCCAUAGGAGCUAUCUAGGGGUAGAACUACUAAAAUGUGAAGGCACUGAAUCCAUUCUCAAUUCCCUUUGGCAUCACUCUGAUGCAGUCUUGUGCUGCUCUUCGAAGGCUUCGCCAGUUUUCACAUUCGCAAAUCAAGCUGGACUCGACAUGCUUGAGACAACCUUGGUUGCACUUCAAGACAUAACUCUCGAUAAAGUUUUUGACGAGAAUGGGAAGAAAGCCCUGUUCUCUGAGUUCCCCCAGAUAAUGCAGCAGGGCUUUAUGUGCAUGCAAGGAGGCAUCUGCUUAUCCAGCAUGGGAAGGCCAGUGUCUUAUGAGAGAGCAGUUGCAUGGAAAGUAUUGAACGAAGAAGAAACGGCCCAUUGCAUUUGUUUCAUGUUCAUCAACUGGUCUUUUGUCUGACAGGUGAAUAGUAUAUACACAGAAUCCAGGAAAGUAGAGCAGAACAGUAUCUUCAUCUUUUACAUUUUUUACUUUGGAGAAUCCCUAGAUUGCUAUAUACAAUAUACUCUUGUGGGCAUGCUGCUCCAAUAUCUUCUAUGGCCCCAUUUUUCGGCUAGCACUUGGAAUUUUCCUUUAUUC